UCAAAAUGUGCCUCAUUUAUUAUGUGGAGGUCGUCAAAGAAACUAAUCGCUGAUUGCUUCCGGUUUCUCAUGCAAUGUGGAGCGAAUAACCUGGACACCGAAGACCUUGAUGAUGUACCUGAAUACGAUAUACCGGACGUGCCAGUGCAUUUCGCUCCUCGAGCGUUCGUUUCACCGGUGCCUCCGCGACAGGAAGAUCUUCAGCAUAGACCUUGUGCCCCAGGAAGUAGGAGGCGAUCACCUCCAGAAGUGGUAUUAAAAGUACGUCUGGCUCUCGAAGAGAUGACCAACAAACCCAUCGAGAAAGCUCGCGGAGACCACCGGGAUCCCCAUAUCUUCGAGCCGAGGUUGACGCUGUCAAGUACCAUUAAUGACACCAGUUGA